UAUAAUUCCUGCUGCCUAUUCCUGAAUACAAUAUAAACCCCUCUGUUGCCAAUCCACCUCAGUCUUCUGUAUCCUCUGCUAUCGCUCCCAACCAGUUGCGCAACUAUACCGUCAAACUUCGUCACAGUGUCUCCCCGAAGAUCUUCUCGUUUCCUCACCCUGCCUCGACUCUUCCCCAUACGAGAUACGAUUGUCCACCAAGAAACUCCAGGUAGAAGACGGUCAUUGCGACGUUCUUCCACGAUGCCUGCCCCAGUCGAUGUCGUCGAUCCCGUCUUGCCGGUGCGCGAGCUCGAGGCUGACGAGGAGUAUGUAAUGGUCGCCUUCGAGCGCCAUGCAAGCCACUGCACUCGAUGCGCGGAUCCCCUCAAAGCGCGCAAAGAAGACCGCUCUCUCUGUGAGCGUGGACACCAAUACGCCGUCGACGUUGCCGACUACCUUUACAGCAAGAACGGAAAGUCAUACUCGACCCUCGACCGUGAGCGCAACCAGCCGACUCUCGUCAAGAUCCCCCGCGACUGCCGCGCUGUACGCGCACUGCUCCUCGCCAUUGAAGAUGGUCUGCGCCUGAACCGCAAAGAACAGGGUGCUGUCCAGCCUCCUCGGUCACCAUCACCGAUCAUCACCUACGACCGGACUUACCCCGUUCCUCCUCGCCGAUCGACAAGUCCCCAACAGCAACCUGUCCCAUACACUGAAAUCAUUGAGCGCGAGCCGCGUGACUCAAUGCGUCGUCGGGUCAUCGUCUACUCCUCUCCUCGUAGCUCACCCAGCCGGAGCUCACCCAGCCGGGGUUCGCUGUACGAGUCUGACGCAGCGGAGCGCAGACGCUUCAGGGAGUCCUCGCGGAUCUACAGACCCACCGAAUACCACCGUUGAGCGUUUUCACCCGUCCAGCUUCUGAUCUAUCUUUUCAGUCUACCUCUAUACGGACCACCAUACAGCCGUGCUGCAGGCAGUGCUAUUCGAUCUCUGUCGUCUUUGCGCACACAGACACACAUACGAUUCAGCCGGGCAGGGCCCAGCUCAUGCGCGGAUCCAUAACACGCACAAUGUGUCCAUCCGACUUCAGUCUUAACUGAUACGGAUGUUCCCGCCGAUUGGCGUCUUCAGUGGGGUUCCUUCCCUCGCAAAGAAUGGUUUCCUAUGUGAUUUAGCCAUCUUACUUUGAAGACAUUGCCUCUACGCUGUCCGAAAGGACACCUUUACAGAAAACCCAAAAACAAACGGGGAAAAUCCAAGAAAAUGAAUAAAAAAGGUGGUGCUUACAACAAGUUGCAAGUUUAGUCUGUUGGACGUUUCAGUUGAUGUGAUUGGAAGAGGAUAUGCAUGCAGGGAGUGAGUCAUGAGCUUUUACUUUCUGCGAACCUCAGGCUUCAGCCGAUGGUAUUGGAUGGAGUUUACUAGUUGUACUUCUCCGCACACCCUCAACAUUGCUUGACAUUCAUUGGAGGAUACUUUUCCUAUGUUUACUAUGACUCUAGUAUGACUUGAUGUAUUUACGAAGACUGUGGAGAAACACAUACACACA